CAGUCGCUGAGUCAGACCAUCUCGAACUGUGUUGGGCUGUCAAGCGUGCUCGCAAAGCUGCCCUUUCUGCAAUCCUACAACAUGCUGUCAGUUACUUUAAGAAGACUUGCACGGCCCCUCCGGCAGGGUGCGGGGGUGUGGGUGCGGGGCCAACAGUCCCAGGCCGCCAGCCCCCUGGAGGAGGAGCGGCCCUGGAGCGGUCAGGACAGCCUGGCCGCUGACGACCCAGAGAUGUGGAGCCUGCUGAGGCAGGAGAAGGACCGGCAGUGUCGGGGUCUGGAGCUCAUCGCCUCCGAGAACUUCUGCAGUCGCGCUGCCCUCGAGGCUCAGGGCUCCUGUCUCAACAACAAGUAUUCCGAAGGUUACCCGGGGCGGAGGUACUACGGAGGGGCGGAGGUGGUGGAUCAGAUCGAGCUGCUGUGUCAGCGCCGGGCUCUGGAGGCCUUCGAUCUGGACCCGGCCCUGUGGGGGGUGAACGUGCAGCCCUACUCCGGCUCCCCGGCUAACUUCGCCGCCUACACGGCCGUGCUGAACCCCCACGACCGCAUCAUGGGUCUGGACCUGCCCGACGGAGGACAUCUGACCCAUGGCUACAUGUCUGAAGUCAAGAGGAUCUCAGCUACAUCCAUCUAUUUCGAGUCAAUGCCAUACAAGCUGAACCCUGCUACAGGUCUGAUAGACUAUGACCAGAUGGAGAUGACUGCCCGCCUGUUCCGCCCCAGGAUGGUCAUUGCAGGCACCAGCGCCUACGCCCGGCUCAUUGACUAUGCCCGCAUAAAGAAGCUGUGUACAGAGGUGAAGGCCUACCUCCUGGCAGACAUGGCCCACAUCAGUGGUCUGGUGGCAGGCCGAGCCGUCCCCUCGCCCUUCGACCACGCAGACCUGGUCACCUCAACCACACACAAGUCCCUCCGCGGUGCCCGGGCUGGGCUAAUCUUCUACCGCAAAGGCGUGCGCUCUGUGGAUAAGAAGGGCCGCGAGGUGAUGUAUGACCUGGAGGACAAAGUCAACUUCGCCGUGUUCCCCUCCCUGCAGGGGGGCCCGCACAACCACGCCAUCGCAGGGGUGGCCGUCGCUCUCCGACAGUCAAACACCCCCAUGUUCCGGGAGUACAUCAGCCAGGUCCUGAAGAAUUCCAAGGCCAUGGCAUCCGCUCUGCUCAGCAAGGGCUACACCCUGGUCUCAGGCGGGACGGACAACCACCUGGUGCUGGUGGACCUGCGGCCCAUCGGCAUUGACGGAGCGCGGGCAGAGAGGGUGCUGGAGCUGGUGUCCAUCACCGCCAACAAGAACACCUGUCCUGGGGACAGGAGCGCCCUGACCCCCGGGGGCCUGAGGCUGGGUGCCCCUGCCCUGACCUCCAGACAGUUCAAGGAGGCAGACUUCAUCCAGGUGGUGGACUUCAUGGAUGAGGGCUUCCAGAUCGCCCUGGAUGUCAAGAAGAAGACUGGGAAGCUCCAGGAGUUUAAGAGCUUCCUGCUGCAGGACCCAGAGACGGUGGCUCGCAUGGCUGAUCUGCGUACCCGCGUGGAGGCCUUCGCUCGGCCUCUCCCCAUGCCCGGCUUCCACGACCACUAGAGGCCCGAAGCUACA